GAUUUGUUUCUUGAUCGUGGAUGGUCCUCCUUUCUGGCUAAUUGUGUGACUGAGUUAACAGUUGUAUGUGACCAAGUGAGCAAAAGACAUCCAUGCAAGGUGUUUCACUUGCAGGGAAAUUGUUCUGUUCUUCAGUGUCCAGUCUCUGGACCAGUCCUUGGCUUGAAACCCGCAUGACUUUGACCCAUUAGAAUAUGUUCCUGGAUUUUUUUCUUUUUCCUAAUUGUGUUGAAUUUGGUUCAGGAGAUGACAUUAGUUUACCAGAACCAAUGUUCAACUGAGGAGAAUUUUCUUGUGAAGGCAAAUAGAAUUCAUGCUAUGGCGAAUCGUAUGCUGAAGCUUCUUCUAUUGUGAUUGUGAAUUUGAGCAAAAUGUAGGGCCGGAAUAUGGAGGUAUAUCAGUGUCUCUUUGUAAUUCAUUUACCCCCUUAGAAUAAUACCGGUAUCCAAGCCUUUCGCGUGACUAAUUCCCUGGAUGCAGGCAACCAAAUUCACUCUAAUUGGGUGAUGUAGGUACUUCUUAUCACAAUCUAGUUCCCUUGAGUCACACUGAGAAUUACUGAACAUGGAGAUACCAAAGAGAUUUCUGCAGAGACAUGGUCGUAACCUCCCUGACUCAGUGUAUCUCAAGGUUCCGAGCAGUACAACAGUUUGGCCAGUGGAGUUGGAGUGGAGUGAUGGAAUGGCUCGGCUUGCCCAAGGUUGGCAGAAGUUCACAGACUAUUACUCCAUCGAUUUUGGCCAAGUCCUAGUUUUCAGAUACGAACCGAGCUCGGUCUUCCAUGUCGUGAUCUUUGACACGAGUGCUUCAGAGAUUGAAUAUCCUACCGGUCCUGUGAUCAUGGGCAAAUCAGAACCGGAAUGUGAACUUCCUCUGCUCAAGAAGGAAGAAACUGAUGAUAUCUCAGCCAAAAUCUUGGAGGAUUGUCGGCCUAGCCCAAAUAUUAGGAAAAAAUCAAAGUCAGCAUUGGCUUCUCGAAAGGUGAACUCUGGCAUGAUCAGAAAGUCUGCAAGCAGAGCAAGCCCUGCUACGCCGGUUGCUCGUAGAUGUAAUGUGCCAUGUCCUGCUGCUCUUGAAAUGGCGCGAGACUUCAAAUCGAAGCAUCCUACGUUCAUACUCGUGGUGUACCCUAGUUAUAUUAAAAAUUCCACUGUGGUCGUGACACUUAAGCACGAGAAGUAUUCGUGGCCGGUGAAGUUAACCAAGUUUCCGAGAGACCAUGGAAAGUUAUCUCAAGGUUGGUCUGCAUUUGCAAGGGCAACUUCUCUGUGCGAAGGAGACGUCUGCGUGUUCGAACUGACUAAGCAGAGUCCCGCUGUGCUCUUAGUCUCAAUAUUCAGGAGUUCUGAUUACACUUAGGAGUAGUUUAUUGCCACCGUUAUGCUUGGCAUCAUUUUGGAGAAGGGUAUCAGUAGUGUUAUCAGCUAGACAUACAAUGUUACCAAGGUUUUUUUUUUGUUGUCCUUUUGACGACCGAUGGAUCUGUAAAUUGAAAUGUCUUAAGAACUGUGCUUUCGCGAUGGCGAAUGAAGGUGAUUGUAACAAUUUCUAGUUA